UCCAUUUAGGCUUUUCAUGGGAUUAGUAAGAGAGGUUCUUGACACCAUUUUUUUGUCUUCUUUCUCUCGACACCUUCCAAAAUAUUUCAGCAAACAAUCUUAAUCUUUCGGCAAAAAUAAAUAAAUUUUAUCUUAAACCGUCUCGAAAUUACGUUCUUUCUACCUAAAAUAUCCGAAUCAUUCGUCUCUCAGUGUUUCAGUAUUGUUCAGCAUUUAAAUCCAGAUGGUAGCAUCUCAAAGAGGUCUCAAAGAACUGUUGUAAAAAAGUGAAUUUGUGAACAAAAAUGUCCCUAAAUCCUCAAACUAAAUACUUUGCUGAAGAAAAAAUAUGGCGUGGUCCUGCUAAACCCGCGUGGUUAUUUAAUGAUAAAGUAAAUUUGGGACGAAUUGUCCUUGGCGUCCUUAAGCGCGAUCCUGAGAAAGUGAUUCAAAUUAGCGAUGAUAACGGUGUGCGGAUGACUAAUCUUGAAACAGCUGAAAAUGCUGAGAAAAUUGCUUGUGGUUUGAGGCGAAGGGGUUGCGAGAGGGGCGAUGUUGUGGGUUUUGUGGCAAGAAAUGGGCAUAAUUUGGCUCCAGCCCUCCUUGGUUGCUUUUUCCUCGAAGCACCAACAAAUGCAAUGGAUGUGUUUCAGAAUGAAGAUGAACUUUAUUCAAUUUUUAAAAUCACAAAACCCAAAUUUAUCUUCUGUGACAACGAUAUGGUUUCAAUGAUUGAGAAAAUUGCGGAGAAAUUGCCAAAUUACCCAACAAUUGUUGUUUUUGGGAAGAAAAUGUCGAAUUACCUUCAUAUUGAGGAGCUAAUGAGAGAAGGAGAUUCUGCGAAAUUGUUAAGAAAACUUUAUGAAGAAACAAGUGAAGGAUCUCAAUCAGAGUACCAAAUAAUUGUGUGCUCUUCGGGAACAACUGGCUCACCUAAGGCAGUUGCUCUGCCCUAUCAAACUCUUGUUCGGGAGCAUUGGUUUGAUGGUUUGGAAACUUCACCAGAGGAUUGUUUCUUUAGUUUUUGCCCCCCUUUUUGGUCCGUUUUCUACGUUAAUGUUUUGAAGCACCUCUUUGCGGGAGUCCCUCGUGUUAUCACAACAGACGAUUUUAGUCCUGAAACUUAUCUAAAGAUCGUUGAAAAGUACAACGUAACACACACGUUGGUCUCUUCCAUCUAUCUAAAUCUCACUCUUCAAUCGCCCGAAAUGAAAUCAACAAGUUUGCUAAAUAUCAAACAACUCCUCUUCACUGGGAGUCUAACAACGGAUGAUCUGGCAAAGAAGUUGAUGCCCUACAUUCCCAAUGCUGACGUCUACAUUGCCUAUGGGAUGUCAGAAAUUGGGAAUAUUGCCAUGUAUAAGUUUAAUCCUGAGAAGCCAAUAAGUGUUGGUUGCCUACUCCAUGGCGUUCAGGGUAUCGUCCUAAGUGAUGAAGGAAAACGCCUUGGUCCAGGACAGAGUGGGGAACUCUGCUUCAAAACCCCAAAGCACAUGUUUGGUUAUCUGGAGAAUCCAGUUGAAACGGAAAAUGCCUUCACCGAAGAAGGCUUCUUCCGAACCGGAGAUUUGGGUUUCUACAACGAAGAUGGCUUCUUACACAUUGUUGGACGUUCCAAGGAUGUCAUCAAGUACUACAUGACGCAUGUUUCAGCAUCAGAAAUUGAGAGAGUCAUCAAGGCUCAUCCACACGUGCAAGAUGCCGUUGCUGUGGGUAUACGAAAUGAUAAAUGCUACCAACUACCAGCUGCAGUUGUUACGAGAAAAAAGGACGCCAAUGUAACGGCCAAGGAGCUUUCGAAACUUGUUGAGGAGAACCUCCCGGAUAAUCAUAAACUUCGCGGGGGAAUUUAUUUUGUUGAUAAUUUGCAAACAACCUUCACGGGGAAGCUCAAAAAGAAGGAAAUUGAAAAGUAUGCAACGAAAAUGUAUAAUUCAACUGAAUCGAAUACUUUUAUUAUCAACCAAAAGGAAACAAGAAACAUUUAAAUUUUUGGGAGUUAAGGAUAAGUUUUAAGAGUUUUAAGGGGCUUAGAAAAAUGAAGAAAAAAAAUUAUAAAAGUGAAUUUUGAGAAAACCUAAUAAAAAUUUCUAUUCCACAAA